ACGACCUCGAGAGAUAUCUGAGCUUGCUCCACUCAUAGCCAUCACACACUAGUCACAAGUACACCAACUAGCCAGUGGCUACACGAGCUGAGCUUGCUCCGCUAGCAGCUCAAUCUCACAAAGCCUCAGAGCCACCACCACCAGUGUGUUCUAGCCAGCUAGCUCUAGCUCCGCUCUCUGAUCUCAAAGCUUGAUAACGAACGGGCAAACAAGAGCUCAGAGGUGGGAGCUAGCUAGCUAGAGAGAGAGAGAGGACGACGGAGAGGGAAAAAAAACCAGCUAGCGAGCGCGCGUGCGUGGCGAUGAUGCAUGUCAUGUGUUAACAUGUACAAUCCAGAGCAGCACCAGGCCGCGCCGCCCUUCAUGGCGCCGCGCAUGUCCUUCUCCAGCGACUUCGCCGUGGAGCCGCCGCCCCCGGCGGCCGCGCGCGGGGGCGCGGCGGGGCCGGGGGACGCCGACUUCGAGUUCUCCGUCGGCAGCCACCCGAUGAUGGCCGCCGACCAGCUCUUCUCCAAGGGCCGGCUCCUGCCGCUGAGGGAGGCGCCGCAGCAGGCAGGCGGCGGCGCGCGGCCCGUGACGCUGCGCGAGGAGCUGCGCGCCGACGAGCGCCACGGCCGCGUGCCCCGCGCGCCGAACAUCCGGUGGAAGGAGCUGCUCGGGCUGAAGAAGGCGCCCAAGAAGCAGGCCGCCGCCGACGCCGCCGCCGGCACGUCCGCCGACGCCCAUAUGGAUCUCGGAGGGCAGCAGGGAAGCACGAGAGACUGAAAAGCCGCAGGAUAUAUAUCAGAUUCAGCUGUGACUUGUGAGCGGGUGAAAUAUAUUGCAUUGUUAGGCGUGGCCAUCGAAGUGUAUCUUUCAGCGCGCUCUGGCUGUUUGGCAUCGAGCUAGCUGAUCUGUACCUCUCGAUGUCGAUCAUCAUGUCAUUGGCUUAGCCUACGGGAGAUGAGGAAACCACACACAUACGAAGACGCGCGCGCGUACGUACGUCUAUGGCGGUGGCUCACACCACCAAUGCGCAUUUCCUCUUUACCUCUUUAUUGCCGGCCGCAGCUUGUUUCCUCUCUUUAAUUUAUCCUGGGUGUAUAAGGGAAUUUUGACCAUUUGUUUCACGUACGGCAGUAAUUCGUUCGUGUCGAGUAGCUAGAUGUAUCAUGUAUCCAACCAUGCAUGGAUAAUGAUGGAUGUUUCAUGCUUUGCAUUAUUGUAAUGGUCGUCGCGUGUAGUGUAGCAGUAGUAGUGAAAUUAAC